AUGGAAAGCCUCAAGCUAGCGCCCGAUGAAGUUACUCACAAGAUGGUGAACACCGCCGUUCUGGACCUAGGUGUCUCUGCCUCUGAGUUGCUCUCUGGCGAGGACAAAGCGCGAUUGUCAAGGCAGCCUUCCGCCGACAGAGCAGCUUUGGAUGGUAGGGUUUAUGGUCACUUGCCCAUCCUUUGUGACGAGGUGGUGCAGGCUCUCCAGCCGGACACCUACCGGAAGCCCAUUUUUGUGGAUGCAACGUUUGGUCGGGGUGGACAUUCCAGGAGGUUGCUGGAAGUGCCAGAGGCCACAGUUUUUGCGUUGGACCUGGACCCUAGCGCUGUGUCAGAGGCAAGGCGCCUUGCUUCUAUCGAGCCGCGCCUGAUGCCUGUGCAUGCUGCCUUUGGUGAUCUCAUCCAGGUGCUCCCUCCUGCGACGGAGCUGCAAGGUCUAUUAGCUGAUUUGGGUGUAUCUUCCCCACAGCUGGAUCAAAAGCAUCGUGGCUUCUCGCCUAUUGAAGAUGGGCCUUUGGACAUGCGCAUGAAUCCACGCAAGGGUAUCCCCGCUUCCGAAUGGCUGGACAACGUGACGCCGGAAGAACUGGCUUGGGUUCUCUGCAGCUAUGGAGAGGACCGGGACCCCUUUCUUGCAGCACGUUUAGCAGAGGCCAUUUGUGCCAAGCGUCCAUUGCAGCGAACCAUUGAACUGGCGGAGGUGGUUGCUGACGUGAAGGCGAAGACCGUGGGUAGCAGCCCUUUCCAGCAGCCAGCGAGGCUGGUCUUUCAGGCGAUCCGCUCACAUCUCAAUCAGGAGGUUGGAGAAGCUACUAGGUGCCGCCUUCCAAUUGCUGAUGCCUGGGGGGGCGCGCAGUGA